AUGGAAAUUUGGCUGCUCUUGACAGCAGCAGCAGUGGUCUCCUCCAUCGAAAUCUCACUGGAUCAAGAACAAAAAAGCCAAACUGUCUCUGAAGGUUCUUCAGUGUCUCUGCUUUGUCGUGUGUGGAACAAAAGCUCAGAGCGCAGUCGUGUUAAUUGCCAGAAUAACAGCGGAUGGUACUGUUGCCAUGCCAGAGAUGAAAUUGACUUUGUCCCGGGCAAAAACAGUAACUGGACAGAGCUAAAAGUUGACAUAAAUGUAUUGGAGAUCACGUCACAAACAGGGGUUACUGAACAAGAGACUAAAAAGCCUUUUUUUGAGCUGAGGGACUGGUGGCUGUGGAUUGCGGUGGGCUCUUCAGGACUUGUUUUAUUGAUUUUAUUGAUGUGUGUGUAUUUUGUGCGGAGGAGACAGCUCAAAAAAAGAGAGGGGUGGCCAAUCUAUGCCAACACUGGGGGCAGCGGGCAGCCCUCUCCACGAUCCAGGCCCACGGACAGCCCACCGAAGACAGAAUCACCCUACGAGAACCUGCAGCACCCGGCCUGGAGAUAUGAGCACAGCCGCAGACUCUCACCACGAACAUGA